AUGGCAGAAUCCAAGUCUGCCCAUGUCGGCACAGAGUCGACUUAUCAUGACACUGAUGGCGAAAUCACCCGCCCCCGCGGUUGGAUGUACAAGAGCAUCGGCCUCGGCAAGUUCAAUGUCGGUUGGUACGCCUCGCCCAAGUUCCAGCUGGGUAUGGUCGCCUUCGUCUGCUUUAUGUGCCCUGGCAUGUUCAACGCGCUGAGUGGCCUUGGCGGUGGUGGAAAGAGCACCCCCGAAUUGGCUGAUGACAUGAACACUGCGCUGUACUCCACCUUCGCCGUUGUAGGCUUCUUCGCCGGUACCUUUGUUAACCGUAUGGGUGUGCGCCUGGCUCUUUCGUUUGGUGGUAUUGGCUACACUAUCUACUCGAUUAGUCUUUUGGUCUCCGAGCAUGCCACGGUUCCCGGAUUUAACAUUUUCGCCGGUGCCCUGCUGGGUGUUUGCGCCGGUUUGCUGUGGGGCGCGCAGGGUACCAUCAUGAUGUCCUAUCCCGGUGAACAGCGCAAGGGUCGAUACUUCGCUUGGUUCUGGGCCAUUUUCAACGUCGGCGCCUGCAUUGGCAGUUUGAUCCCGCUUGGCCAGAACAUUAACGUCAAGACCAACAAGACUGUCGGUGACGGCACUUACAUUGCUUUCAUCGUCCUCAUGUUCUUCGGCGCCUGUCUUGCUCUGUUCCUCUGUGACGCCGACAAGGUUGUUCGCCCCGAUGGAUCCCGUGUCAUUCUCAUGAAGAACCCCAGCUGGUGGACUGAGAUCAAGGGGUUGUGGCAAACUCUGUUCGCCGAGCCCUGGAUUGUCCUGCUGUUCCCCAUGUUCUGGUCCUCCAAUUGGUUCUAUAUCUACCAGCAGAACGGCAUCAACGGAGCUCACUUCGACACCCGCACCAAGGCCCUGAACGGCUUCCUCUACUGGUUUGCCCAGAUCGUCGCCGCUGUCAUUGUCGGCCCCCUGCUGGAUAUCGAACGCUUCCGCCGCACUGUCCGUGCUCGUGCUGCCCUGAUCGGCCUGUUCGUCCUGACCGUCAUCAUCUGGGGCUCCGGCUAUGCUUGGCAGAGGAAGUACACCCGUGAAUCGACCUCCGAGGCUGCAGUCAAGGCCGGCACCUUCACCCCCACCGACUGGACCACCCCUGGAUACGUCGGUCCUAUGUUCCUUUACUUCUUCUACGGCAUGUACGAUGCGAUUUGGCAAGGCAUUGUCUACUGGUUCAUGGGCGCCCUCGGUAACUCCGGUCGUAAGCUCGCCAACUUGGCUGGCUUCUACAAGGGCCUCCAGUCUGCCGGUUCGGCCGUCAUGUGGUCGCUCGACAAGAACAAGAUGUCCUACAUGAACGAGUAUGCCUCCAACUUCGGUCUCCUCUGCGGCUCGCUGCUCUUCGCCGCCCCGGUUGUCUUCAUGAAGAUCAAGGAUACCAUUUCCGUUGAGGAGGAACUGGAGGGCACCGGCGAGACUCUGGAGGACGUCCUUCCCCCCAGUGCCAUCGAGCAGAAGCGCAUGGGUGAGCACAAUCUUUGA